UUAUAUAAUGUACCCUUCAUUUUUUGUUUAACUUUCCUAUAGUGACCUGUCCCAUAACCUUGUAAUCCACUGUGGGAUAUUUCUUUCUGGCCUCUUCCCUUUUGUUAUGCCCCCACAGGUUUCCAGCUUAGAUGCCUUUUCCUUUUUUUUUUUUCUUCCUUAGUAAAUGCGUCUUUAAAAAUUAUUUGACCUGUUUGACUUAGAGACGUGCGCGGCCAUCUGUGGAUCGGGUUAGGCUUCGAGCUCCUACGUGAUUUCAUGAUCUUCCCAAAGCAACACCUGAAAAUUGAAAAUAAUAGUUCUUCCAUGUUGGGGGAAAAUGCUGCAUUAGCUGCGUUUGCAAAAGUCGAUGACUCCUACAUAUUGGUGUGUGCCUGUAAAUAUACAUAAAUUCGCGGGUUUAUUACCUCUUUGGGAGCAUAUCCUCGAUACUAGAAAAUGUCCCGGCACAACCGAGGUCUUGCCACCCUGUCUUGCUAAGGCUGGAUGUCGCUGGACAUCCUUUGGGAAAACCAAGGAGCAAGCUAAAGGACCUGCAGCACCUUGGCAGAAAGUGUGAGCCGGGGAGCGGUGGCUUUGCUUUUCCUGCUUCCCUGGGAGCGAGGGAGGCUCCUGGCAAACGCUGUCUUCCCAGUCGGAGACCGGGGGAAACGGGCUCCAGGCUUUUAUCAUAGAGCAGCUCUUCCCCGGGCAGAAGCCGGUUGUUUUCUCAGGCGUGAGCUUUGUAGGUACUGCUGAGCAGAAGCUUUGCAGAACUAAGGUAAAACCAGAGUAAGGGCACUGCUGACUCUUCACAGCCCUGAGCAGAGAGAGGGUCAGACCUGCCGAGCUCGGCGGUGCCUCUAAGCACCUCUGCGGGCAGAGACAGCUCUUCUUCAGUGUGAGCCCCUUUUUCCUUCAGUACCCAAGCAUGGGGACCUUAGGCUGGUAGAGAUGCAGAAAUGUUAAUCUCUAUCAUGUCUAUGCAAAGCUAUUAACGCUAUCGACUUAACUUUCUCAGCGAAGACAAAUGUACCAUAUGUCGAUGUGUAAACACUUUAGAGUAAAAUUAAAACCAGCUCUGUGCAAUUGUCACUGUGCUUGAUUCUAAUACAAACUAUCUGAUGUUCAUGUAGUUCGUCUUUCUAAAGGAUCAGACCAUCGACUUUGCUAAACCAGAGACUAGCAGUGGAUGUUGCGCGGGAGGCAAAUUGGGUUUGUAGGUUUGGUGAGGUCAAAGCCGCGGCAAAACCGACCUCGCAGUGUGCGGGGCUGGGAGUUGGUGAACUCUCCGUUACCCUCCAGAGCUUUUCCCUAAAGCCGAUGUCAUCAGUCUCCGGCGCAAAACGGUAGGAAGAACGGCAGCACGGCACGAGGGGAGCUGGGCUCCGUGCUCCGGCCCGCAGCCUUCGCUGGGACCCUCGGCGCAGCCGUUUACCGAGGGGAUGGGUGUGGGAAGAGGAAAGGAGAGAGGCAGAAAGGUCUCGGGGAAGGCAGCAACCACUUUUAAGUCCGCUGAUGAGGAAUUACUGCCGGGUAUCCUCCUUUUCCCCCCACGAGCAAUGCAAACACGUAUAAAGCUUACCAGCUUUCAGGUGUGUUUUAAAAAGCUGACCCCCCUCCAAGCCUCUUUAAGAAGCUCGGUUCUCCGGGGCGGAACAAACACCACCAAGUGCUCUGCGUGGAAGACAGGAGAUAGCAGCGAUUAUCUGGAGAGCCUUUCUAUUUAUCGGCCUCUACGCAGCGAGAUAGGGAAAUACAAAUGUUCCCGGACUUGAUGAAUGGCAGGGCUUGUGUGGAAUUACUGCAUUUUACAGGCCCCUUUACGGGAGAAGGAUACCGAAAUCAUAAUGGAAUUAAUGAGAUUUUACUGGCAAAAUUUGUAAACCCCAGGUUAUGUGGCAGCUUUAGCACUCGCCGCCCCAUUCACAUGCAUCUCCACGAAGGCACAAAGCCCCUGGAAACCCCAGCCCAGGCGCUGCUCGGCCGCGAGGUGGUCCGGGAGAGCAGAGGUUUUGCUGCGGGAGCAACAACAAGCCCCGACAAACACCACGGAGGCCGGGGAAGGCGUCCCCGGGCUGAGCCGUGCUCCGGCCCUGCCGCAGGAGCCCCGCGCUUCGCCACCAGCACCGGCUUCUCGGCGGCGCUGCUUGUUUGCUAGUUUAUUUUUUUUUCCCCGAGAAAGGGGAAUGACAGGAUGAAAUAUAAACCUAAGAUGUGAUGUACCCGAGUGGCCGCUGAAGGAGGGGGUUUAGCCAGGACCUGUUUCCCAGCUAAACUCUCUGCUGCUCUUUGGGGAAAACCAAAUGCAGGCUGAUGGAAACAUCCUGUUUUGAGGGAAAUGGACUGUACAGCCCUAUCUCGCUGCUCCGACACUACUAAUCAGCCUGGAAAAGCGCUACCAGCCCAAGUCCCGGGGAAGCGGCAACCGUGCAUCUGACACGUUUGCAAUUCAAUCCUGAAAGGCGGGUAGGAAAAUCGCUGCGCUCCGAGGUGCAGCGCCGGGGCUGCAGCGGCCUCUCCGCGCCCGUCCCCGCCUGGAGAGCCGCUGCGUUCCCCGCCUGCCGAAGGGGCGAGCCGCGGAGGGGAAGCCGACAGAUGUGGGCUGUGCAGAAAUCCGUGAAACAAGUGCUUUAAACCCUGGGGGAUUUCUCCUAAUAGCGAAAUCAGAGAGGGAAAAAUUUCAGGAAAGAGAAUAGCCCAAUAUAAGUUUCUAGAGUGGAAUUUACAUUUCAUCGCGAUUUGUAUUUUAUAAUAUGCAGGCACGUGCGCUCGGAAGGCGUUUCGGUGAAACGGCGUUUACGUUCCAGCGGCGGGGGAGACCCCGCGUCCCCAGGUCCUCUGACCAACGGGAGCAGCAGCGUGCCCCCCCCCCCCCCCAGCGCCCACCUCGGGGGCCGGGAUGUGGAGUUUGGCGAAGUUCACUGCAGCACCCCAAAUCCCCGAAGCUCCCUCCGGGAAGGGGCUGGAGGUGCUGGCUCCUGUUUAUUUGUCUAAGGGAGACGGAGGAGAGCGAGGCAGAGUGCCGUGCUGGAGCGCGGCGCUGCCGAGACGCCCCCCGCCCCCCUCGCCCGGCAAACGUGCUCCUCGGCAGGGCAGAGCACCCCGGGCCACCGAGGCCGUUAACAAAAGGGGGGAGCGGCCCCUGCACGUGUGCUGGGCCACGACAGGCCCGGCCCUGCGCCGGGAGAGUCGGCCGGGCCCGCUCCGCGCCAAUGCUUCCCGGGCGGCCAGGCCGGGAGAACGGGAUCACCGCCGUGCCGGGGACCCAGCGCUUCCUCGCUGCCUGGGGGGCGUCCAUGUUAGCGCGGCCCGCCCCCUCCGCGCACCCGGCGCCACCGCCCAGAGGUCACCGUGCUGGUGCCGGGUUCUCGCUACGGGCCACAUUAGCGGAGCGGCCAUUUACUGCCCCUGGAUUGCAGCAGAGACCGGGUUAGCCCAUAAAGCCAUUCACACUCAACAAUGGGGAUUUUCUCAACAAUUAACAAGAAACAACAUAAUAAAGCCAUUUACAAAGCCCUCGCUAUUUACUAUAAAUUAGCCACUCUUUAAGAGACCAGUGCGUAAUUUCACACGCUUUACAGCCCUGACUGCAUUUUAGACGCAAGAGCAAACAGCCCUGUUGCACUUUCUGAGCUGACCUCGCUCACUGUCCCUUCCCCGGGCCGGCUCCGCGGGGGCAGCGGGCGCACGGCCUCCGCCGAGACCCCAAGGCCUUCACCACGGCCCCGAGGCCUCCCCCGUCGCCGGGCUCGGCCGGUGGC